AUGGACUUAGGAGUAUGGCUAAAGUUGUUAGCUACAUUCUCACAAGCAGCAGUGAAUGAACAGAAGCUAUACUAUAUUUUAGUAAUUCCACAGAGGAAAGGCUUGUUGAGAAUUGUUGUUCAUUACAUUCUUAACAUGUCAGACUUAAAUGGGAAUACACCUCUUCAUUGGGCUGUUGAAAAAAAUCAGGUGGAAAGUGUUAAAAUGCUACUGGACAAUGGUGCUGAUCCAAACAUAUUAAACAGAUACCAGCUAUCUCCUCUUCACGGAGCAGUCCAGAUGUUUCAUAAUGAGAUUGUUAAGGUGCUAGCUGGACAUAAAGGCAUCGAUCUGAAUCUGGAGGGGGAACUUGGAAACACUCCCUUGUUGACAGCAUGCUGUAGAAAUAAUCAUGAAGGGAUUAAUAUUCUGAUUAACCAAGGAGCAAUUAUAUGUUGUCAGAAUCGGCUUGGGAAUUAUUCCAUUCAUGUUGCUGCUUUUAUGGGUUCAACAAGAGCCAUGGAAGUGCUUUUGAGAAGAGGUCAAGAUAUUGGAAUUUCUAUUGAGAAACAUAUUAAUUACCUUAAUAAGGGUCUGAAUAGUCCUCUCCACAUAGCAGUUCGAAGUGGAAGUGUAGAAGCAAUCAAGUACUGCAUUGAAUGUGGAGUCAAGAUUGAUUUAGCUCAGGCAGACAAGUCAACUGCUAUUCACCUUGCUUCAGCACAAGGUAUAACUGAAGCUGUAAUGCUUAUGCUGUCAAUGUAUAAAGGAGAAAAAGAUUUAGUCAACAUUGUUGAUGGAAGCCUACAAACACCAUUGCACAAAUGUGCAAUAUUCGAUCACUACGAACUAGCAGAGUAUUUGAUUUCCAAGGGAGCUUUUAUUGACUGCAUUGACAGUAAGUCACAGUCUCCACUGUUGCUGGCUGCGUUUUGUGGGUCAUGGAAGGUAUUGAAUUUACUUGUGAUGAAAGGAGCAAAUCUCAAAAUAAAAGAUGGAUGUGGCUGCAAUUUCCUUCACUUGGCAGUGCUACAGCAAGGUGGAUUAAAAAAUUUGAAUGAUGAAACUAUGAAGAAUAGUAACAUCAAAGAAUUAGUGAAUGAUGAAGACAAUGAAGGUUGCACACCACUCCACUACGCAUGUCGACAAGGAGUUUCUGAUUCUGUCCAUAACAUGUUGGGAUUAGAAGUUUCGAUCUACACAAAAUCAAAAGACAAAAAAUCACCCCUUCAUUUUGCAGCUUGCUAUGGUCGUGUUAAUACCUGUCAACGUCUGCUUGAGAACAUGACUGACACAAGACUGUUAAAUGAAGGAGAUGAUAAAGGAAUGACUCCUCUUCAUUUAGCUGCUCAGAAUGGCCAUAUACGGGUGGUCCAACUUCUUUUAAGAAAAGGAGCUCUUUUUUUCUGUGAUUACAAAUGCUGGACAAGUCUGCAUUAUGCUGCUGUGGGUGGAUUUACUCAAACAAUGCAAAUACUUUUGGAUGCAGAUAUGACACUGAUUGACAAAACAGAAGAAGAAGGGAACACAGCUCUUCACCUGGCUGCUCAAGAAGGUUACACAGGUGCAGUCAGUCUAUUACUAGAAAAUGGAGCAGCUAUCACCUUAAACAAGAAGAAUGCUUCCUAUUUUCAUUUAGCAAUACGGAAUCAACGCAAAGAAGUGGUGCAUGCUGUUAUUCAAAGUAAAAGGGUAUACGAAUCAGUAGUGGCUUUUCAUCACAGGUCUGAAUAUGGAUGUGGUGCACUAGAAAUGAUCGAGCACCUUCCAGAGGGUUAUAUGGUGAUUGAAUAUGAUUUUACGUACCUUCAGAGUCCAAUGAUGCUCAAAAAGGCUACAAAAGAAGACAAAAAUCUGCACUAUGAGCCAUUGAUUGCUGUUAAUGCUAUGGCAAGAUUUAAUCGCAUAGAGCUUCUGUCUCAUCCAGUAUGCAGGGAGUACUUAAAUAUGAAAUGGCUUGCAUAUGGACUUAUUGCACACAUUUUUAACCUGAUGACUUAUAGUGCAAUGCUUGUGCCUUUAACAGUUUUGAUUUGGACCUUAAAUCCCCAAGAUUAUAUACAAUAUACAGUCAAUAUGUCUAGAGUGCCUUCCUGGAAUGAAACUACAUAUGGUCAGAGGACUUCAAAAGAACACAACUGGUGGAAAUUGUUUUUGUUCAUAAUGGCAAUCUUUGGAAUAUGCAAAGAGCUUCUACAAAUAUUUCAACAGCGCAUGAAGUACUUUUAUCAUUCCUCCAACUUAUUAGACUGGAUAAUAUGUGUCUUUUCCAUUAUUUUUGUCAUUCCCGAGUAUCUUCCAUACCGAAUGGAAAAGCAGUGGGAAUAUGCUGCUGUUGCAGUAUUAUUUUCCUGGAUAAACUUCCUUCUCUACCUGCAAAGGUUUGAGAGUUUUGGAAUCUAUGUGGUGAUGUUCUGGGAAAUCCAAAAAACAAUGGAACGUAUUGUUUUCGUGUUCAUUUUUCUCUUUAUUGCAUUUGCUCUCAGUUUCUAUGCUCUUCUUAACAAUCAGACAACUUAUAGCAGUCCCAGCCUUUCACUGAUGCAGACGUUUGCUAUGAUGUUAGGGGAUAUUAGCUAUAAAGAUAGCUUCCUUGCCCCUCUGAUCGAGAAUAGGCUGCCUUACCCAGCCUUGACAUUUACAGUACUCAUCCUUUUCAUGUUUUUGGUUCCAAUACUCCUCAUGAACUUACUGAUUGGUUUGGCUGUUGGUGAUAUUGCUGAGGUCCGAAGAAAUGCUUCCAUCAAAAGAAUGACCAUGCAGGUUAAUCUUCAUACUGACCUAGAAAUGAAAAUGCCAUACUGGUUCCUCAGCAGAGUAGACAAGAAGUCAAUUAAAGUGUACCCCAACAGGAAAAGGUAUUCAGACCCCUUGCAAUAUUUUCUCCAUUUAUUGGUGUCAACAUGUUCCAACAAUUCUUUUUCUUCUUCCUCUGGAAGCAGUUCAUCAGCUUUAGAACUAGAAGUUCAAAAACAGAAAUACAGGCUGAAAGAUAUUUUGACAAUUUUAAGGAAGCAGCACGACCUUCUGAAACUCAUCAUUCAAAAAAUGGAAAUCGUCACUGAAGCUGAAGAUGAAGAUGGGGAUGAUCUUUUUCAGACCAGGAGACUAAACAAACAAAGCUCUGUUCACAAAAGUAGUAAAUGGGAUAGUGUAAUAAGGAGAAUAAAAUCUAUUAAAUAGUACUUAUGAAAAUGCUAUUGAAGCAGAAAUAGAUUUGUCUGUAAACAAAUGACAACUGUCUUGGAACCUUUGUUUAGCAAAUGAUGACUGUCUUGGAACCUUUGUUUAGUACCUGAUAAUGCAAGAAAAAUGCAAAGCUUAACAUUUUAUUCUAAAUAGUUUUAUGAGUAGCCAUAGUUAAUAACUAUUAUGUUUUAUACUAAAUUACACAAAAGCAUGUUCAUGAAUUCUGGAAAAUGUACUUCAUGUAUUUUCUUAUUUAUGUUAGUUUAGGACUAUUCGCAAUGACAAUACAAAUUACUUGCCUAUCCAUUUCCCACAGAAUGUUGCUUUAUGACAGACACACUUCUGAGUAGCU